GAGCGUCAAAGUAAACGUAUUCGUCUUGCACAUAAAUAUAGAAUUGCUGGUCGUAUUAAAGAUGCCCAUCGUAAAGAACGUAGAGCAGCAAAGAAAAAUCCUUCUACACAUCAUAAAGCAAAAAAAGAUCCCGGGAUUCCUAAUGAAUGGCCUUUUAAGGAAGAACUUUUAAAUGAGAUUCAGGCACAAAAGCUUCAGGCAGAGGAAGAAAAAUUAAAAAACAAACAAAAAACACAAGUAGAAAAGGCAAAGGCAAAGAAAGCAGCAAGGAAAGCAGAAAUUGCUGCCAAUAUUGCUGCUGCAAAGGCUGCAAAGGCCGCAGCACAAGCAGCAAUUUCUGCAUCAGACGAGAAAAAAGCAUCAAAGAAAAAAAGCAAAGAUUAA